AUGCACAUUGGCCAGGCUGGAGUCCAGAUGGGAUCCAGUUGCUGGGAGCUUUAUUGCUUAGAGCACGGAAUCGGCGCUGAUGGAAAACUCAUCGAUCCUGACGCAAAAAAAGACGACUCCUUCACCACUUUCUUCAACGCUACCGGAAGUGGCCGACAUGUCCCCCGCGCUAUCUUCAUCGAUCUUGAACCCACCGUCGUCGAUACCGUGCGACAAGGCAAGUACGGGCAAAUGUUCCACCCGGAGCAGAUGAUUUCUGGAAAAGAAGAUGCUGCCAAUAACUACGCUCGAGGACACUACACGAUCGGAAAAGAGCUCAUUGAUGGUGUUCUCGAUCGCACUCGAAAGCUGGCGGAUCAAUGCUCUGGUCUCCAGGGCUUUUUGAUCUUCCACUCCUUCGGCGGCGGAACUGGCUCUGGUUUCACCUCCCUUCUCAUGGAGCGCCUCUCUCUCGAUUACGGCAAAAAGGCAAAACUCGAAUUUGCGGUCUACCCAGCGCCGCAGAUCUCCACAGCUGUUGUUGAACCCUACAACUCCAUUCUCACCACUCAUACCACUCUUGAGCAUUCUGACUGUGCUUUCAUGGUCGAUAACGAGGCAAUUUAUGACAUUUGCAGGAAUAAUCUCGGCGUUCAACGACCAAGCUACGAGAAUUUGAAUCGACUGAUUUCUCAAAUCGUCAGCUCGAUUACUGCUUCCCUUAGAUUCGAUGGAGCUUUGAACGUCGAUCUCAACGAAUUCCAAACCAACUUGGUCCCCUACCCCCGAAUCCACUUCCCUCUUGCCACUUACGCUCCCAUCAUUUCCCAAUCGAAAUCGCAGCACGAAGCCCUCAGUGUGUCUGAAAUCACCACUGCUUGCUUCGAGCCAGCAAAUCAAAUGGUCAAGUGCGAUCCUAGACAGGGCAAGUACAUGGCUUGUUGCAUGCUCUACCGAGGUGAUGUUGUGCCUAAGGAUGUCAACGCGGCUAUUGCUCAAAUCAAGACCCGCCGAACCAUUCAAUUUGUCGACUGGUGCCCAACCGGUUUCAAAGUCGGCAUCAAUCACCAGCCCCCCUCCAGCGUUGAUGGCUCUGACAUGGCCUCUGUGAAGCGAGCGGUGUGCAUGUUGUCAAACACGACCGCUAUCGCCGAAGCUUGGGCCCGACUUGAUCACAAGUUCGAUCUCAUGUACGCCAAGCGAGCCUUCGUCCACUGGUACGUUGGAGAGGGCAUGGAAGAAGGCGAGUUUGCUGAGGCUAGAGAAGACAUGGCCGCGCUCGAGAAGGAUUAUGAAGAGGUCGCUCUUGACUCGACUGCUGAGGGGGAAGAUGAUGAAUACUAA